AUGCCCUCAGGCCCUAAACCCGGCUGCCAUCUUGCCCCAACCUUCACCCCGCCCCUUAUGCUCUCGCAGGCCACAGCAGAGACUGGCCCUGGCCAAAUUAAGCCAGCUACAGUUCUACCCUUGCCGGAAGUGGCCGGCACUGAGGGUCUUAUGAAAGUCCACGUGCCGUUCACCUUAUCAGAGCUCUCCCAUGUCUCAAAGUUGCUCGGUGGCAUUCUGGCCAGAGACCAGUUCUUAACCUGCCUCAUAGUGGGACUUCGCAAAGCUGCUCUUAAACCAGUAAACUCUUCUAAACUCGCAGAGAUUUUUCAGGACACUAAGGAAAAUCCUUCUGCAUUUCUUGACCGACUAACCAAAGCUAUGUUACAGUUCACAAACAUGGAUCCAGAAUCCACUGAGGGCAGACAGCUCCUGAUGUUCCAUUUCAUCAACCAGUCCUACUCAGACAUCAGGGGAAAACUUAGACGUUUGCAGAAGGGCCCCCUAACUCCACAGGCGCAGCUCCUGGAGAUGGCUUUCAAGAUUUACCACGCAAGAAACAACAAAGCCAAAAAUCACUGCCACGUGAUUACUGCACCUGCCCGGCCAGCCGAGGUGACAGACUCCACUGCCCGUCCUGUUCGCGCUGCCCCCCGCCCCCCGGACCUUGUUUCAAAUGUGGUAAGGCAGGUCACUGCGCAAAGGGGUACCACAAUCCUCAUCAUAACCCACGGGGCCCCUGUCUUAGGUGUCUCAGGGAGGGCCACUGGUCCGUGGACUGCCCUUGUGCAUUCGAUGAUGCGGGGGCAACGGGCCCAGAGGUUCCCCAGGCCGAUUUGCUGGGCCUGGCCAUGGAAGAUUGAAGUUUUACCAACCUGCCCAGUUCCAAUCUUCGGGAGAGAUCUUCUGACCAAGUUCGGAGCCUUCAUUUUUUUCGCGCCCCCAACUCAUUUCAUUUCAGAUUUGUUGGUGACACAGCUGCUUCUUCUCCUGGUCCCGCAAUCUUCUGAUACUAACAUGCCUUUUUCUCUUCCAGCCUCCCAAGUGGACCCUCUCGUGUGGGACACCCAGAAUCCCGCUGUCGCUAAACACCAUUCCCCUGUUGUUAUUCAGUUAAAAAACCCCACCGAGUACAUCACCCAAGCUCAGUACCCCCUCUCUUCCCAAAGCCUCAGAGGGUUAAAACCUAUAAUCUCUGACCUUUUGAGAAAGGGGCUGCUUCGUCCCACCUCUUCCCCCUUUAACACCCCGAUAUUGGCUGUCAAAAAAUCUAACGGAACUUAUCGUUUGGUUCAGGACCUCUGGCUCAUCAACUCUGCUGUGGUGCUGUUGCAUCCAGUCGUACCCAACCCCCUCACCCUUCUGUCUAACAUUCCUCCAGGGACCUCCCACUUCUCUGUCUUGAGCCUCAAAGAUGCCUUUUUCUCUAUUCCUCUCAGCCCUCAAUCUCAAAACAUCUUUGCUUUCACCUGGACAGAUCCUGAUACUAAUUUCUCUACACAGCUAACCUGGACUAUCCUCCCUCAGGGAUUCCAAGACAGUCCACACCUCUUUGGCCAGGCUCUGGCCUCUGAUCUGCUCUCUCUGUCUCUCCUUAAAUCAAAGCUGAUACUCUAUGUCGAUGACAUCCCGCUAUGUAGCCCAUCUUUGGAGACCAGCAGGACUGAUACUGCUGCCUUAUUAAACUUCUUAUCCAAAAAGGGCUACAGAGUCUCACCUUCUAAGGCCCAAUUGUCCACCACUCAGGUAAUGUAUUUGGGAUUAACCAUAACCCCAACACAAAAGGCUAUCACUCUGGACAGAAAAAGACUAAUUCAAUCUCUUGCAGUUCCUUCCACCAAAGAAGAGGUUUUAUCAUUCCUGGGAGUGGCUGGUUUCCUGCGUUCCUGGAUAGCCUCCUUCUCCCUCCUUGCCCACCCCCUAUAUGAAGCAGGUCUUGGCUCCCUACAUGAGCCCCUUCUCCACCCCAUCACCAAACCUUUCCGGAGACUUCAACAGGCCCUGACCCACGCCCCAGCUCUCCAUCUUCCGGAUUUAACUCGCCCCUUUUCUCUUUACGUAGCAGAAAAGGAGGGCUAUGCUCUGGGAGUCCUAGGUCAUCAGCUGGGACCCUCCUUUGCACCUGUAGCUUACCUGUCAAAGAAGAUGGACCUCACCACUUGGGGCUGGGCACCCUGCAUAUGUGCUUUGUACAGCUGCUGAACUUCUUAUUCAUGAGUCAAAAAAACUAACCUUCAGAGCACCCACUAUGGUUUUCUCUCAUCAUAACCUGUCCAACCUCUUAACCUACAAAGGCCUACAGAACCUACCCCUUCUCGAGUUCUUUCCCUUCAGGUGGAGCUGGUGGAAGAUACGAGCCUCACAUUUCAAUUCUGUCCACCCCUUAACAUCUCAAAUCUUCUACCUCAACCUAAUGCUA